CAGGUGGCUGAGCGGCAGCUGCGAGCGGGCCGUUGCGUCAGUUCAUUCGGCGGGAUAAAAAAGUUGACAUUUUAUACAUUUCGUCAUUUUUCCUGAAGAAAAGGGACUCGCGAGUCGCGCACGAAGAGCGCGCGUCUUCGUCCUCCUCGCGAUCACGAGCAAGCGGCGAAGAAGCGAUCCCUCCCUCUCACGAUCACUGGACCAGUCCGGCGACCGGAACAUAACCGCUGCAUCGAUCCGACAUACCGCUCCCUAACCCGCCUGCCCUCCCCCCGUCCUUCCUGCCUACAUCUCGUCGAGAGCCGUAUCCGGUAAGAGGUUAUGUUGAUUCUGUCAGCUCGCAUCGCGCGAUCCUCGCUGGUUGGCGAUUGCUCGGUGUGAGGUGAGCAGAUAGAUUGUACAUGUAACUGAAGACUGACUGGAGUCCUGUCGUAGAGACGAGGAUCGAGCACGUGAUCGGUAAGAAAAAUGGAGCGCGCUCUUGCAAGAGCAACGACAAUUGCACGUGCAACGCUCGGGCUCCCGGAGCGAAGCUACUCCUCACCGUGAGAAAAAAAAAUAAUGCUCUGUCGAAUGUCGUUGUCGCUCCUGGGCUUCCUCCGCAGUGCUGGCCACCGAGUGGACCACCGAUGUCUUGCAGAGGAGCCGCUGUCAUCGCUUGCACGUCGAGACGACGCAGUCGAGAGAAGAUUGGCUCCGAGGGAACGGAAUGCGUGCCCUCCGACAGGUUCCUUGCCCCUUCGAAAGCGGAGGGGAACGGUAAGAGGGAUAGGACAGUUAGGAAGAACGAGGCUUGGCACCAGACGACGGUCAGCAAGAGCGCCGACGUCGUCGAGACGGUAGCCGAUUUUGAGAAAUGGCUGAAAAUGCGCAACACGGAGCCACCGGUAUCGUCAAGCAUGGACCUGGACGCGGCCAAGGUGGUGGAGGGCGUGGAUCGGUAUCUGGGCGAGGAAGUGCUGUCGCAUGGUUACUUUCUAAGCAAGGAUCCGUAUGGAUUGUCCAUCGAUAUUGAUUUGGCCGACACCAAGAAGCUCAAUCUAUCAUCAGGCUACGAUCCGAUACUGCAGGAUCUGACACAGAGUGAAAAUCGACUGCUAGAACCUCCAUGCGAGAAGGUCGUCGACGAGUUCAUGCUGCCAGAAUUUCAAUUGGAUCAUCUGGAUCCACUGGCAGCUCUCUCAUCGGAUGACAUGAUGGUGGCUGGUGAGAUCCUGCCAUCAACGAGCAAUCAACCGAUACUAAAUCAAAUAGAGAACCAAGAUGUUGAACAAAUGACUCCAAAAAUAAAAGUUUUAGAGCAGAAUAGUCAGGUACCCUGUGAAAAAUCUAUGCAGGUUUCUCUCAAUGAAAUACCGGCGAAUUUAGGAACCAUAAGUAAGAUGGAGGAUAUAAAGUCAGAGCAGGAAACCAUGAUACAGUGUUCGAGAAGUUCUUCAGAACUCUUCAUCGAGUCAUUACCGAUGGAGGAGAACUCAUCUCCAAAUUCCAUAGAAGCAGAUACUCAAAAUAGCAUAAUAGAACAAUUAAAGUCGAAAACUAAGAUAAAACUUGAACCUCGUAUCAUUAAAAAGCGUCGACAGAUGACGGAGCGAUUGGAAAAGAAGUUUGACAAGCACAUCAAUGGAAAGAAUUUUACCGAUGUAGAUUCACAGGACGGCGUAAUGGCUGUAGUUGCCAUAUCUACCGAUAAAAUAUCCAACACGACACAAAUCGUCAUCAACACUGGCACAGAGAAACAGAUCUAUCAGGGCAAGACUUCAGAAUUGAUCGAGGCAACGGGCAAUUUUCCGAAAUUGCCCAAGAUAGAUACUUCUGCUGCGAUCUGGAACGGUAACGUUGAGUACAAUAUUGAUAAUAAUCCGAGUAGCUCGUAUGAAAUUGUCAUAUCCAAUGCGUUGGAGGAACUAGGCAUCACCGACGACAGUCUACAACCUGUAAAUGUUACCGAACACGACAAAGUAUGGCUCUGCCCACGAGCCGGUUGCAACAGGCAAUUUGGCAGACUUUAUACUUUGAAAGGUCACUUGCUAGCCCAUUAUGGAGUUAGGCCAUUUAAGUGCGACUUCCAAGACUGCACUUGGGCUUUUUAUUCCGAGUUCAAGUUAAAGAGACACAAGGAGACUCAUCUGAAGCGCAAGGAUCACGUGUGCCAAGUGGAGGGUUGCAACCGUCGCUUCACUACUGUUUAUAAUCUCUGGAGUCACGAGAAACUGCAUAGUCGUCCAAAUCGGAUUGUUUGCCAGGUACCGAAUUGUGGCGAGAAAUUUCAAACGAAGCGGGCACUGGAACUGCAUAUGAAAUCGCACGAUCAACGUCACGCGCCUUAUGUUUGCCAACAUGAAGGUUGCGGUAAACGUUACUACAGCAGUAAUGCAUUGACAUCGCAUCAACGAUCUCACAGCUAUAAAGAAGUGGAUAUCAAGUGUUCGUGGCCGGGCUGCGGCAAAGUUUUCGACAAACCAUGUCGACUCAAGGCUCACACGCGCUCUCAUACCGGCUGUAAACCUUAUCAUUGUACGUUUCAGGAUUGUAAAUGGGCAUUUUCAUCGUCCAGUAAGCUCAAGCGUCACCAAAAGAAACAUACCAAUGAACGCAAAUUCAUGUGUGACGCACCGGACUGCGGCAAAGCUUUCAUGCGAUCGGAACAUUUAAAAGAGCAUCGGUUGACACAUAAGGAAGGUCGCUUCUUCCAAUGUUUUGUAUGCGAUGCCCGGUUCUCUGCCAAGAGCAGCCUGUAUGUGCACAUUAAAAAGCAUCAGCAGACCAAGACGGAUAUAAGCAUAACCGAUAAUAUGCCGACAGAGUUUGAUUACAUUUCUGGUGAUCAGAAACGUGUGAAGACGAAAGAAUCUAAUUGCUCACGAGUGAAGCCGAUCGCGAAACAGAAGCGAAAAUCCACGGAAUUAACGAGUGUCAUAGAAACUAUCACGAAGGAAGAUGACCUUGAGAAGCCGGAUAUGAUAUGUGACACCAGUGCGCGUUCCCAAAAUUCUCAGAAUCAACUAGAAUGGUUGUAUCAUUGUCCGAUAGAGAAUUGCGAUUAUCUAAUUGGAAACGAGGCGAGCUUACGCGAGCACCUACUGAAGGUACACAAUAUACAUUGUGACGAUUUGCUGGAUAAACCUUCGGACGUUGCCGACACAAACUACAUUCUGUACACGGUAGACGAGUCGCCCUCGACUUCGCCCAUCGCCAUCGAGGAAGAACAGACGGUUAUGGUGACGCCGUGCGAUGCUGUUAUCCUCGGUACCUCGUCAUCAAGCGUGGAUCGUCUACCGGAACCGGAACCGCCUCCUUUCAAUUUACUUACUAAGAAUUCGGAAUCGUUACAUACUGAUGUGUGUACCGAGCAAAUCGAUAAGGAAAUGCUAUCGAUUAAGACGGAUCAGAGCUCUGCGAGGACAGAUCUAACAUAUUCGGAUUGGUCCAGGCUAAAGAAAAACGGCACACUGACGGAUUCGAUAGUGACAAAUACACCGGACAUUGCGCUGGGCACGAGUAGCGAUCUGAGCGAGAGUCUGUUGCUCACAGAGGAACUACCAUCGAUGUACUAUCAGGACGAUGUGGCAGGUACGGAGUAUCAGGUGUUAUUAUUGGACUCAAGUCCGCUUGAGAGUACCGUUAAUUUGCGCGGUCUCGAAUGACUUUCGUGAUAAAUGUGAGUGAGACUUGAAUAAUCGAAUAAUUUUUAUGAUAAGCGAAUGGUCGAAUGACUAUAGUAUGUUUUGGAUGACAUGAUGAUUCUUGUUAUUUUAAAUGUAGCUUAAAAUUGACACGAUCGUUCUAAACUAUGUGAUGUGUGAUCAUUAUAUUAAACAUAGCUUUUUUAAAAAUGGUGACUCUAAUACGAUCUGUGAUCUAGGAGCUGGCCUCAGCCUGAUAUCCAUUUGUACUAUGCGGCUCAUAAUCGCUUUAAAUCGUUAUUUUAUUAAUAAAUCGUUGAUAUUUUUCCAUAAAAGUCAUCACCUGCGUAUUUUAUUGUUAUUGCUAUCCGACGCGUGUUUCGAAGUCAUAUAUAUUGUUUACAAAUACUUUACUGUUUUUUGGUUUUCAUUUCAUUUUUAAUCUGUGUCUUUUUACACGUGCAUACACAUAUGUUCAUAAGAGCACUCAUUAUUUGGUAUACAAUUUAACGAUCAUAUCGUGUGAGAUUUAUCUGAAACAUGCAGAUUAAUAUCUUUUCUGAAACAGACUUAUAUAUAUUAAAUUAUCGUAGGAUCAUAAUAACUAAAAAUUUACAGCGAACUGUAAUAGUAACAAUGGAAAAAAA